AUGCCACCCAAACGCAAGUCUGAACGCGCCGUGAGCGCAAAUGAGUCUGUUUCAACGCCUUCCAAACGGCUUCGAAAUAAUGUAGAUGCAACUCCAACUUCUGCAGCUCCAGCUUCUGCAGAAUCGGCUUCGGUGGUUGAUGUUACACCCCAGACUGGAGAAAAGAGAGGCCGUGGGCGUCCACGUAAAAAUCCCGAGAGCUCGGCUCCCAAGCCUAUUUCUGAUGCCCCUAAACGUGGCCGUGGUCGUCCACGGAAGAUUGUUUCUGAGCCAGAACCUGAGGCUGUAGCCCCAACGGGCCCCAAGAGAGGCCGUGGGCGUCCCCGCAAGGACUCAGGCGAUGCGACACCCAUCACACCGAAGAUCAAGAAGAAGGAUGGUCGUGGAAGACCCCGCAAGAACCCUGUGCCAAAUGAAGAAGCCGAAAUCACCGAGUCUAAGGUCGCGCCUGCGGCCAAUGUCAUUCCUGAAACUGGCCGCUCUUUCUGGCUGAUGAAGGCCGAGCCUGAAUCUCGCCUAGAAAAGGGCAAGGACGUGAAGUUUUCUAUUGAUGACCUGGCUGCUGCAGAAGCACCCGAGCCUUGGGAUGGUGUGCGCAACCAUGUUGCCAAAAGUCUCAUGCGCAAUAUGAAGAAGGGAGACUUUGCCUUCUUCUACCACUCGAACUGCAAAGUCCCUGGAGUUGUGGGAGUGAUGGAGAUUGUCCAGGAGUAUUCCACUGAUGAGUCCGCUUUCGAUCCCAAGCACCCAUACUACGACCCGAAGUCCAAGCGAGAAGACCCAAAGUGGGUCGUCGUCCACGUUGAAUAUCGCCGCAAACUUGGGAAGCAAGUCACCCUCCAGGAUCUGAAGUCUCAUGGCCAGACCGGAAUGCCGCUCGAGAAUCUUCAAAUGAUUAAGCAAUCCCGGCUUAGUGUGUCUUCUGUGACUCCAGCACAAUGGAAAUACAUACUGGAGCUGGCAGGCGAGGAACCACAAGAGGAGUUCAUCAGGAAGGAGUGA